GCUACAUGUAUACUUGCAUCCAUUGAGCUCAUUAGCACCCCUGCACGCGAAUAAACUAAUUCUGUCUUAUCUGUCUAACAAAAAGCUACAACCAUGUUUUACCGUGCGGCUUACCGUUUCCCCACUACCUUACACAGGACCAGACGAUCACCUCCAGCUCGGUAUUUGCAUCAAGUUACGGCAGAUUUCCAGAACUAUGACUCAAAAGGAAAUCUAGUCACUAAAAGGGUUCCUGUCAUUGCCGGUGAUCCAGGAGAAACCUACCUUCUGGUGUAUCCAGAAGUCGGCAGCGCUUUCCGUGCUGCUGCAAAGAAAGAGCAUAUCUCUGCGCCUGUUGCGGACGUUAUACCAACAUGCAAAUUGAUGUUCUUCCAUGAAUCGCAACAUUUUGGGUUUGAGUCGCCCAGUUAUCCCCGCCUCUACGCGCCAACGUACAUCUCACGCCAAACGGAGUCAAGUAUAUCCCCUGCGACUUUGUUUCUAGAUGGGAAGAUGCAUGAAUUUGUUCUAGAUGGGACUGCAGAUGCUCAGUUUGCUUAUCAUGCAAGCGCUAGUGCACAGAAUCUCAAGCAUGUCUUGGAACAGCUGAAGGAUGUAUGA